AUGAGAUACGUCCCCAGUGCGCAAGAUGCAAGACGCGGCUUUGGGCCUAUCAAGGAGCGGUCGAGUUGGACACCAAAGGCUAUUACUCCAAAAGUGUCCAAUGACGACGUUGAUCUUUCGUCUGGUACCGAUACUAUAGCUACUCAACAGUCACCAGGAGAGAUGAUUUCGACAGAUACAUCAAAUGAUGUCUUGCAGCUACCAGACAACAUGAAUACACACGCGAUAUUUGCUCUGCCAGAUACAGACGUGGAAGAUGAUUCAGUCAUCCAGAGCCUUCCAGAUUUACCAUCAGAAGGUAUCGAUUCACUCAUUUUGCCCGAGUUUGAUGAAGAGGUCUCUUUCAAUACUACGCAGCUCAUCCUCUUCCCAACUCCAUCUUUCAACCUUCUCUCCAUCUUCCCGUCAUUUUCCUUUACAAACCCAGCCGAGCCAGCACCAUCCAUCGGCAGCGACGAUGUACAAGCUAUGACAUUCCACUCCACCGUCCUUGCGCCCAUGAAGUCCACUCGCAAAGCGGCACUAUCAUCACACUCCAUCUUUCUCAACUUUGCCGUCCAAAAUCCCAUGGCGCUACAUUUUCUCCUUGCCUUUUCACACAGCGAAUUGGCUAUCCAUCACGGCUUCAGUGACAGGCCACCUCUCGAGUCGCAUCUUCACUUUCAACACGGAUCGCAGCUACUCAACCAGGCGCUUGUGGACUUGACACCAACUGACCACAUCGCCAUGAUGCUUUCGUUCUUGUAUCUAUACAUGUUCUGGAUGAGAAGAGAUCCAUUUGAUGUUCCGAAACUACGCGAGCUGAGCAGCUCCAUUUUGGCUUAUGUUACAACCUUCUCACUCGACGAGAUGUGUGCCAAUUCAACAAAUAGUGGUGGCACGUCAGAACCUGUGACAUUGUCACGAAUAUUGACGUACAUCUAUGACAGAGACGUGUUUUGUGGCUUCUUUGGCUGUGGAGAGAAGUUUGCAGGCUACGUUACCGAAAAGCAUGAUACGAGGCAACGGAUAUGGCAGUUGUCGCGAAUGCCAAUCUUAUCAGAGGAACAGACGGGGGCAUGGCUUAGACCUGAACUACCGGGAACGAGUAUAAGGAAAACUGUGGAUGUUUAUUUUAGUUUAAUCACUGUUCAGUAUGAGAUCAAUCAGUAUAGCCAAGGUAGUGAUCCAGAAUCAUUGGGUAAAAGCUUGGAGAUAAAAAGAAAAUUGGACAAGAUAAAAGAGGAGCACAGCUUUCUCUUUGCGACAUCCAGACCAUAUCCCGGGCAAUCUACAAAACCACCUUUGAUGGCCCUUGUAACAGUCACCAUCUUUUACGCCCUACAGAUCUAUCUCCAUCGCAGUCGUAAUACCGUAUUUGGACAAACGCCAGUACCGCAAGAUAUAGACACAGCUUUGAAGGAGUUGGUGGCUGCAGCAUAUCAGACUAUCGCUACUGGACCAGUGCAAUUACUCGAGAGAUUCCAAUGGGCACUUCUGAUUGCGGGAAUGGAAACACAUGACCCUGUGCACCGAGAUUGGAUUUCGGCGAAUAUUUCAGACCCCGUUAUCAAGAGUGUCUUGAAUAUUGUGUUGUCGGCUAAGGGACGGUCGGAUGAGGGCGUCUCGAUGGAGGCGGUUAGAGACUUGAUGCACCAAGACACAAAGGAGCCCUCGCCUUCUUGCGAGAUGGACGAUAGAAAUGACGGGACUGUUGAUACCUUGUCUUUAGAAGACGAGAAGAAACUGGUUCGCAAGAUUGAUCUUCGUCUCAUGCCAUUGCUCAUCAUCAGCUAUGGUUUGCAGUACCUCGAUAAAACCAGUCUAGCAUACAGUGCUAUUCUAGGACUCAGAGAAGAUUUGGAACUUGUUGGGCAACAAUUCAGUUGGGCCUCCAGUGUCUUUUACAUCGGCUACCUCGUCGCUUCAUACCCCAUCUCCCUCGGAUUCGUCAAGUUCCCUCUUGGAAAAUAUCUUAGUGUUCUCAUGUUCAUCUGGGGUAUCGUCCUAACUCUUCACUCGGUCGCACACAACUUCGCUAGUCUUAUGGUCCUUCGAUUCUUCCUCGGUGUUUUCGAAAGUGCCAUCAGUCCCGGUUUCUCCCUCAUUACCGGCAUGUGGUACACUCCUAGCGAGCACGUUUCUCGACACUCUUUCUGGUUCGCUGGUAAUGCUUCGGCCAGCAUGGUAGGCGCUAUGAUUGCCUAUGGUAUUUUAGGGUACACUGGACCAGUUUCCCAGUGGAAGAUGCUCUUCCUCAUCUUUGGUCUCAUCACAAUCGCAUGGUCCAUUCUCACAUUCUUCAUGCUGCCCGACUCACCCUCAACUGCCAAGUUCCUGACCACUUCCGAAAGAGAAUUCGCUUCUCUUCGACCCAAGAAGUUCCAGCGAACAACACAGACCAAGAAAUGGGAUCGAGGUCAAUUUAUCGAGACUAUGAAGGACAUCAAGUCUUGGUGGUUCUUCAUCUUUUCCUUCGUUAUCUGUGUUCCUAACGGAGGAACCACUAGCUUCAGCACUAUUGUUAUCAAGAGCUUCGGCUACGACGAACACCAGACUAUUCUGAUGGGUCUUCCUGCAUCCGCCUUCCAACUCACCACUGUUAUCUUGGUAGCCGUCUUUACAACCUAUGUCCGCAAGUCGCGCCACAUAGCCCUCGUUUUGACAUACAUCAUGGCCAUCGCCGGUAUCCUCAUGAUCAAGUUCCUUCCAAACACCGAGAAACUUUCCCGUCUGGCAGGUUUCUGGCUCAUUAUGGCUGUCGCCCCGGCAUUCCCACUCAUGCUAUCGCUCUCAGCUAGUAACAUUGCCGGCUUCACCAAGAAGUCUACUGUCAUGGCCAUGAUAUUCCUUGGCUACUGUGCAGGAAACUUGGCCGGACCUCAAUUCUUCAUCAGUACCGAAGCGCCCAAUUAUCAUACGGCGUAUACGACCAUUUUGGCAUGCUUCGCAAUUACGAUUGCGCUUGUUGUCGGGAUUUACUUGUACUUGAACUUGGAGAAUCGUCGUCGAGACCAGGAGCAAGGAGUGAAGAGGGAUCCAGAGGAGUCUCGACGCGUGGAUCUUAGCGCUGAUGGCACACUUCUCCAAGUGGAUGAGACUGAUAUGGAGAACAGGAGCUUCAGAUAUAUCUUUAUUCAGAAACCUGCUAUAGUUCAAAGUUUAACGCGUCACGAAGAAGGACUUGACCACGGCUCCGUUGCGGAAACGCAAACUCUUAUGGUUGAUAUCAUUGAUGACUGGUGA